AUGUCUCAUCCCGCUUCAUCAAGCCAAGGGGUUGGAGCUGUAACUCACCCAUGCGGUCGCCUAGACUGCGAGAACAAGACUGCCACACAGUUUUGUGGGAAAUGUAAAACAGUCUGGUAUUGCGGCCGUCCGUGUCAGGCUGAAGAUUGGAGUGGCCAUAAACGACGUUGUCCAGAUCUCGCAAGUGGCACCUUGACCCACGAGUUCAAACGGUCUCCCCGUUUGAGUGCGAAGCAAUGCGACUUCUUGACAAGAGCCUGGACUAUAGACCUCUCAGUUCAGAACCUUAUUCCGGGUAAUACUAGCCAUGAGUGGAGUGUACCGGAGACACUCACUAUCUCCCCUCCAACUCUCGGAGUCCUGCUUAGCCACCAGCCCCUCGAGGAUCGUUUUCGCUGGAGUCAAAACUCCACUCUUUGUCAGUUUCUCACCGGAAAUAGCAGUGGGUUCGUUGAGAUUUAUCCCUCAGGGUACGACUAUGAUCUCACGCAUACGCUUUACUAUAUUCCGGAAAGGAACCCACCCCGUACCGUUCCCACAUCUGAGCUAACCAUCGAAGGGGUUGAGCUAGUUGGUAUAGCCCAAUUGGACAAAGGCUCCAUGGCUACAUUUCUGGAGGCAGUAGUUGGGCCUGCCAGAAGGUCCCCUGUGGCAUCUAUCAAUUCUAUGAGCACUCGCCAAAUAGAUGACUUUAUUGAGCCACAAAUGAAUAGAAAGAAUUCCAGCUACAUGCACAGAUCAGGGCCUGACCGAAUGAAGGCAAAAGAGCGAGAAGAAUAUGAAACCCUCCAGCGCAUGCGUCGACGAGGACUGAGACUGACAUCAGCUUCGAAUCUGUGGGUUGCAGAGUGCGGUAUGGAUUGGCCAGAAUUUUUCUUUGGGAAGAUUGGUAGCACAGAAAUAGAUUAUUGGAAAGGACCGAAAAAUGACACGACGUGGGCGGAUUAUUGGAACUAUAUGGCAACAAAAGACGCUAAUACCGAUGCCUAA